CAGGAACCGGAAGUAAACAAAAUUUCAAACAAAAUUGAAUAUCAGGAUGCCUAUAGCAAUAAGAGACCACACUUGGGAACAAACAGACACUAAUGUGUUCAUCAAUGUUCCUCUGAAAGGUGUCAAGACUCAAAAGGUAGACAUUUUCUCAACAGAUGAAUAUCUCAAAGUUAGUUUCCCACCAUAUUUAUUCGAGUGCUUCCUGUAUGCUGCAGUAGAUGAUGACUCUAGUUCUGCUAAGAUUGGAAAUGGCAUGGUGGUCUUUAAACUUACCAAGAAAAGUCCAGAGAUAUGGCCUGAGUUGCAGACAAAUGAAAUAGAAAACAAAGAGGCCUUAAAGGCGAAGCGUGCAACAGCAAUCACAUAUGCCCAGGAGAGAUCUGAACGCAAAGAAAAAGAGAGAGCUGAACAGAAAAGACAGGAUGAUAAAUAUGCGCUUAAGGAAGCCAUGAAGUUAGACAGUGAAGAGAGGGAGAGAAUAGCAGAUGUCAAAAGAUCAGCAAUUACCGAAGCCAAUGAAGAUCUAGAGAAUUGGAAAGAGGAACAGAAACUACAGUCAGAACAACAGAAAAUCAAGGAGGCAGAAGAAAGGCGUUUCAGAGAAGCACUGAGGAAGCGUGACAAAAAGAAAUCUCCAGGAAAGAUUGCAACAGAUAAAGAUACAACAAAUGGUAUAUUUGAGGAUGAGGUGAAAGUCCAACCCAGUGAAAUCAGGCAACCUGGCAAAAUAGAAGUUUCCUUUACACACAGGGAUUUCCCAACAGCUGCCAGGGAAUCAACAGCUGGUUUAGAGGAGGAAUGGCUGAAGAAACAGAAUGAGGCAAGGAGGAUAAGAGACACAGAGGAUGAUAAUCUCACAGAGGAGGAGAGGAACCCAGUAUGGCUGAGAGAUAAAGGAAAUGAGUUCUUCAAGACAGGGAACUACCAGGCAGCCAUCAAUGCCUACUCCCAUGCCAUCAAACUGCAGAGUAAAUUACCAGCAUUAUAUUCCAAUAGAGCUGCAUGUCACCUCAAACUGGGCAACUGUAUGAAGUGUUUAGAAGACUCAUCAACUGCACUUGACCUACUGACCCCUCCUGUGCCACAGAAUGCUGCUGCAAGGGUUAAAGCUCACACACGUAGAGGAACAGCCUUCUGUCAACUAGAGCUGUAUGUUGAAGGUCUUCAGGACUAUGAGGCAGCUCUUAAACUUCAACCUGACAACCCACAACUAAGAGAUGAUGCUGAUAGGAUACGUAACAUUAUACAAGGCUCGGAACCGACCUGAUUAGAUCAAUGCAAUGUGGUCAUAUAUCCGUCCAGUUCCUCAUCAAAGUAACUUAAGUUAGUAAAUUAUUGACCAGAGGGAUCUUAUCUGAUCAACACGAUGUAGUCACAU